GGUCUCAUAUUCUGGUUUCAUCACUGCACUGGGGUUUCUCGUAGUUCUGUUCCAGUCAUAUUACCAUCACCAGUCGUCAUGGCAUCUGCAUGCUCUCUCGGUCGGGCGUCUCGUUCUAUCCUACAGGGAAGCUUCGGCAAUGACAUUCCGUAUGUUCAUGAUUCACAAAUGAUUUCUCGGUGUACGCCCGUACGACUUUAUUUUUCUUUAGCUCCAAGUCCAACAGUAAGCUGCCUUGGAAGAGGAUUAUCAUCAUGCUCUCAACAUGCCUCACCACUUCGUACUAAACAAAUUUCUAAAUUGACUUCAGUUCGACAUCGGAGAAUGGUGUGCAUGAACUCUGUGGGAAAAGGAGUAGAGCUGCAAGCAAAAGUAACAACAAAGUGCUUCUUUGAUGUAGAAAUUGGAGGUGAGCUUGUGGGUAGAAUUGUAAUGGGCCUAUUUGGGGAAGUGGUUCCAAAAACUGUUGAGAAUUUCCGUGCCCUGUGUACAGGAGAGAAAGGUUAUGGCUAUAAGGGAUGCUCAUUUCAUCGUAUUAUUAAGGAUUUCAUGAUCCAGGGAGGUGACUUUACUGAAGGAGAUGGAACUGGAGGAAUCAGCAUCUAUGGCCCUCGUUUUGAAGAUGAGAACUUCAGCUUGAAUCACAUUGGACCUGGAGUGUUGAGCAUGGCUAAUGCAGGUCCGAAUACCAAUGGGAGCCAAUUUUUCAUUUGCACAGUAAAGACUCCAUGGUUGGAUAAACGUCACGUUGUGUUUGGGCAUGUCAUUGAGGGAAUGGAAGUCAUGCGGAAGCUUGAAUCCCAAGAAACCAGUAGAUCAGAUGCCCCACGGUUACCUUGCAGGAUUGUUAACUGUGGGGAGCUGCCCAUGGAUGACUGAUUAUUAUUUACUCAGUGUCAACUUGGGAUUAGAGUUUUCUGUUAAACAGCCUUGGUUUUUGAUUGCUCACCUCUCUUAUUUUGUGUUACAACUUAGACUACCUUGUGAGAGUGGAUUCAGGAACUUGUUUUGCUUAUAAAACGUCAGGAUGAUGUUUCUUGUG